AUGAGAAGCUCUAAAGCUGCUGGUGGUCUUGGUUUUAGAGACCUAGAAUUUUUCAAUAUGGCCCUACUAGCAAAGCAAAGCUGGAGACUGCUGCAAUACCCAAAUUCAUUAGCAGCUAAGCUCCUUUCAACAAAGUAUUAUCCCCAUGGGAAUUUCAUGCAGGCACAAAUCAAGAGAACAACCUCCUUUAUAUGGAGAAGUAUCCUCUUAGCAAAACCUUUAUCGGAAGCUGGACUUCUAUGGUGUAUUGGAAAUGGGAGACAGACUUGUAUCUGGAAGAACAAAUGGCUCCCAGGCCCCUCUCCACACAUGAUUCUAAGACCUAUCAAGGAUUCUGACUCUGAGGUUGUGGUUGCAUCUCCAAUAGACCAGUCCUCUAUGACAUGGAAGUUAGAUGCUCUAAAGUCACUUUUCUCUAAGGAAUGA